GGGAACUUUGGCAACCCCUGCUCUCUUGCUCAUCCGCUCGCCCAUCUGACAGUGUGAAUGCAAACAUACUGCGUAAGUCCAUGAGUGUGCCUUAUCAAUCGGCUUCCGUCCCGUCACAUUCCUGGGCAUGAAAGCUUGCUGGUUUUAGGAGUGUCGUGCAGCAGCUGCCAAAAGUCCCACAGAUUCGUCAUCCUCCUCUUUCACAAGUACACAACCCCUCCCCCUCCCCCUCCUCCUCCUUGCUCCGAGCUUUGUCACGAUCGCGCCGUUGUGACACGCGCAUUCCGACCUCGCCUACUCUUUUUUUUUUUUCUCUGCCAAUCUUGCGUUGCAACCAACUCAGCCCUUUUUUCUUCUUGAAUUGCAUCGCAUUGCAACCGCAACGACUAUAUUGCAGCGAUUGCGCGAAAUCCAACUACCAACCCCCACCACCGACGCACCACACACCACUGCAAUCCGCGACCAUGGAUUUCAACAGCUCGUCGCCUUUCCCCGAGGGCGUCAUAUCCUUCUUGGAUACUGAUCUCUACAAGCUGACGAUGCAAUGCGCCGUCUUCAAGUACUUCAAAGACGUCCCAGUAUCCUACGCAUUCACAAACCGCACACCCGAGAAGAAGCUCUCGAGAGCUGCCUUUAACUGGCUCCAAGAGCAAAUUCGAAAGCUCGGCAACAUCUCCCUCUCCGACGAAGAAUACCGCUUCCUCAAGACCCACUGCACCUACCUGACCGACGAAUACGUCCAGUUCCUCAAGGAAUUCCGCCUGCGGCCGAGAGAGCAGGCCGUCGCGACCUUCCACCCCGUCGGCGACGACACGGGCGCCGACUCGGACAUUGGCGACCUCCACGUCGAGAUCAAGGGCGCCUGGCUCGACACCAUCCUCUACGAGAUCCCUCUCCUCGCCCUCACCUCCGAGGCCUACUUCCGCUUCAUGGACACGGACUGGAGCUACGAGGGCCAAGAGGACCAGGCUUUCGCCAAGGGCAUGCGCCUGCUCGAGGCCGGCUGCACCUUUUCCGAGUUUGGCACCCGCCGCCGGCGCGACUACCACACCCAGGCCCUCGUGUUCCGCGGCCUCGUCAAGGCGAGCAAGGAAGGGGAGAAGAAGGGCCUCAAGGGCAAGCUGACGGGGACGAGCAACGUGCACCUCGCCAUGCGCUUCGGGAUCCCGCCCGUCGGCACCGUCGCGCACGAGUGGUUCAUGGGCAUCGCUGCCAUUCACAACGAUUACAAGGCCGCGACGGAGCUGGCGCUGCGGUACUGGGUCGGCUGCUUCGGCGGUAAGCUCGGCAUCGCGCUGACGGAUACCUUUGGCACGCAGGAGUUUUUGCGGUCGUUUAGUCAGCCGGUGCACGCUCUCGAUGGCGACGAGAGCAAGUUCAAGACGGCGGAUGGGAGCAGGCUGUUGACGUACGCUGAGCUGUUCCAGGGCGUGCGUCAGGAUAGUGGCGACCCGGCGGAUUAUGUCAAGAUGCUGCGGACGUACUACGACAGCCAGGGGAUCAAGGACAAGAAGACGAUGGUGUUUUCCGAUUCGCUUGAUAUUGAAAAGUGUUUGGAGUACCAGGCCAUUUCGGAGGCGGCGGGCUUCACGCCGACGUUUGGUGUUGGCACGUUUUUGACGAACGAUUUCAAGCAUUUGAAGACGGGUGCCAAGUCGGUGCCUCUGAAUAUUGUUAUCAAGCUGAGCUCCGCCAACGGAAACCCGGCUAUCAAGAUCAGUGACAACAUUGGCAAGAACACCGGUGACAAGGCGACGGUGAACAAGGUCAAGGGCGAGCUUGGGUACAUCGAGAAGGAAUGGAAGGGCGGCGACGAGACCCAGCGUUGGGGCAAGGACGAAAGCAAGGCAUAGAUAGGUAUGGGGUGAGUGCCACUUAGAGCUCGUCUGGCGACAGAGUAUGCAAGAGCCAAGGAGGGAGGAAUUUAUUGCAAGAAAGCACCUCAAUGAGCAUUACGAGACACAGGUGGGAAGGCAUGGUGGAAUUAGGAACGCAUUGAUAAUGAUGGUAGCAGGUGUAGACCUCGCGAGAUACCUAUUGGAUAGAUGAAGCAGUGGCAUAUGGCCAGC